GCCGGAGGAGUGUAGGAGGAAGAGACUGGAGAAGCAGAGAUAGAGGAGUGGAACACUGACACAUAUGUGUGUGAAGGAGCAGGAAUAAGAAUUACUCGCAUAUUUGAAUGAUGAUUAUAUUGUGCCACUAAUUGAAAUGAGAAGAGGGCAUCGAGGAGCUUGCCAGAACUGUACAGACUUAACUUAACUUGUGCUAGAACGGAGAGCAUAAGCAACUCACAGUGUUUUUUUUAGGUUAACUUGUUGGAAGGUGCCUGGAGCUUUGGAUAAAAGCUACAUUUUCACAUUUGUUUUGCCUUUGGACUUGACCAGUCCCUUUUUAUGGACUUUCUACAUUGGAAUCACAAUGUGGAGCUCUCGUUAUAAUUCCACUCUAUUGGAAAAUCUUUUGCACACACAUGUGGUUUAACUGAUCUGUUCACCUUCAGCGUGAUGCUGUAUUUCAAGCCUGAGUAAUGUGAUUCAGCUCUACAGCACGGCAAAAGGGAGGAAAACUAUGUUCUCCCGCAACCGCUGCAAUGGACAGGAUGGCACAGGCAUGCCUCAAUAUCCCCGACCCAAAAAGAAAACUUCAGCACCAAAGAGAAGGCAGCCUAAUCCCAAAGUUGCUCUGGUGUUGCGUGGGAAAAUUCAUCGUUUCUUGCAGGGAUCUGCAGAUCAUUCUGUCCAGCCUUCUGGUCUUUACUAUGCUGGAAUUGAAGAAGAGGAUGAAGAGGGGGAAGAGGAUGUGGAAAAGCUGCAGAACUACUACAGGAGAGGAUUAGCUUCAGCAGAGGUCUGCUGCUCACCUCAGGUGCCGAACGGAGCGGUUUCCGGGGCAGCUUGUGUUGGGGAAGUGGAACUAAAUCGAGAGGGAGGCAUCAGAAUUCCCUGCACUUUGCAGCACAACAGUAAUUCGGCAACAGUUCAAAACCAAAUGACCCAAGAUCUAAAUGGGACUAGGUUUUCAUCUGGUAGAGGAAUUGAUGGUGAGCCUAAAAGUCAGGCGGAGUCUUUGCUGUGCAGGUUAAAUAUGGCGAUGUUGGAUGAAGUCGUGGAGGGGAAUAACGAGGACUGUCAAGAGGAAGAAUCCAGUGCUAUUGUUGAGCACAUUCUGAAGGAACUGCGAGGGAUCAACAAAAUUCAAGAGGAGAUAUCAGACUUGAGGGAGUACCUGUCAUCUGUUCGGGGCUCUGUCGAGGAGGUCUCUAGCUGUGUAGAUGCCGUCCUAAUGGAGAUCGAAUGCAUGCGGUCUGGAAACAAAUCAGGGGUAGAGACUUGGCCAGGAGCAAUGGGUGGCACUGAGAGUCACUCCCACCACACGCACAAAACAAAUAAUGCUGUUAGUAUAGGCUGCUUCACUGUUGAAUCCUCGAGUAGCUGUGGUGAUAUACUCUCAGAUUAUCAAGUUGUUGAUGGAAAACACAAAGAGCUAUCAAAGCGGUCUGCUUUCAAUAGUGUUGAGACCCCAAACCACAAUGAACGUCAUCCUUUUACACAAGAAGCAAAGUCUGAUGUAUCUCAAGGUGCAAGGAGAAGGAAACUUAGCUUUGGUUACCUUGAGCGCCAAGAUGGACAGGACUGUCCAAGCACGAGUUCCUUGUCUUCAGGUCAGAGUUCCAAGUCUGAAUCUGAUCCAGAAAGACCAACUUCUGGACACGGCAAAGCAAGCGCUGAAAGUCAGGGCUGGAACCCAGCAGCUUUAAAACAUAGUGGUAGUGGAGAGAUCGGUUGGAGCGAAGAAGAUUCUUGCUCCAGACAAGGCAGUUUUGAAGAGGCAGAGUGCUGCACGGGUGAAGUGGACAGCUGGGACCCAUCGAGAGCUAUAAGUACUUGCACGAUGGGCACCUCAGAUCCUAUUUCCAUAGUCUCUGGUAAACACUACAACUCUCCUGUUAGUACAAGCAAUAGAGAAGAUUGGAAGCUGUAUGAUGCAAAAAUGCUGCCUGAAGAACCUGGUUUGGGUUGCAGUAAUUGCAAAGCAGAUGGUAAAAGUCCUCAGAGCUCUGUUUAUCAGAAUCACGUGUCGUCGUCUUGUGAAAAUUGCGUAGUUAGAUUUAAAAGUGAGUCAACAGAAAGUGUGUUUGGUAAACCAUCCAGGAGCCUUUUAGAUUUAGGUACAUAUAAUCUAAAUACCCCUGAUUGGAAGCCAGACUCUGCUGAUGACAGUAAUGUGGCGUUUAAUGUAAAAAAGUUUGGUAGAGCAGUUCUUGACUUCAAAACUGCCUUGCGAGGUGCUCUGAAGAAGAUGGAUGGGGCUAGUGAUGCUUUGCCUGAUGAAAAGGUUGAAGUCCAUACGCAGAUCUCCCUGAGUCAGGAACAACAAGGAAUGGGAAAAGUUGUAACUACUGAGACACCAAAUAUAGACAAGCCUGAAACAGAGAUUGAGACUGCACAAAUAGAAACUGAGCAGCCUCAAGGCAUCGGUACAGACAAAGGCUACGUAGAGAUACCUCAAUGCAUCUCCACCAAAGCAAAACCUGAAUCGCCGCCUCACCAGCAAAACAUGGAAUAUUCAGAACAUCCAAAUUCUCCAGGAUUGGACUCAUCCACCAGUAAUGCAUCAGAUGCUACAUCUGGACAUCAAGUCAAUGCUCAUUUACCACAGUGUUUCUCUACAGACAUUAUCCCAGACUAUUUUUCUCCUGAGGAUCUAGCAGUAGAAGAGGAGCAAAGAACAUUAGCGGGGGAAACACAGCCUUUCACCGAUUCCUCUACAGAAGGAGGUAGUGAAGCAGAGCUUAGCCAGCAGGAUGCACGCCGUCUGAAGUGCCUCAGGAGUUUCCAGCAGAUUCUAAGGGAAAAGAGAGAGUCUAGAAGACAACUCAGUAUAGUGACCAUGUCAACAUUUUCUGAAGAUGAUUUGAACCCAGAUGGAAGCCAGGAUGAAGAUCAGAAUAUCAAUGGAGACCAUAACAAACAUCCAUGGGCCAAGCCUGGGGGAGGAGGAAUAUUUGGCAUUGAUAGCAUGCCUGAUCUUAGGAAGAAGAAGCCUAUCCCCUUGGUUAGCGAAGUGGCUAUGUCUCUUGUGCAGUCCAGGAAAGCGGGGAUCUCUCAUGCAUUAGCGGCGCGCUCUUCGCUGAAAGACGAAGAACUGAAGAACCACGUGUACAAGAAGACCCUUCAGGCUCUGAUUUACCCUAUUUCUUGCACGACACCCCAUAACUUUGAAGUGUGGACGGCCACCACGCCUACCUACUGCUACGAGUGUGAGGGUCUGUUGUGGGGCAUCGCGCGGCAGGGCAUGCGAUGCUCAGAGUGUGGAGUCAAAUGUCACGAAAAAUGCCAGGAGCUUCUCAACGCAGACUGUUUACAGAGAGCUGCCGAGAAGAGCUCCAAAACGGGAGCAGAGGACCGAACCCAGCAUAUCAUAUCGGCCAUGAAGGACCGCAUGAAGAUCCGAGAGAGGAACAGGCCUGAAAUCUUUGAAAUUAUAAGGCUCGUGUUCAGUGUGACUAAACUGAACCAUGCUCAGCAGAUGAAGGCCAUCAAACAGACUGUGCUUGACGGAACAUCAAAGUGGUCUGCCAAAAUCUCCAUCACGGUGGUGAGCGCUCAGGGCCUGCAGGCUAAAGACAGAACUGGUUCCAGUGAUCCGUAUGUGACCGUUCAGGUUGGCAAGACUAAGAAGAGAACCAAAACUAUCUACGGUAACCUCAACCCUGUGUGGGAGGAGACGUUCAACUUUGAGUGCCACAAUUCAUCUGACCGCAUUAAACUGCGUGUGUGGGAUGAAGAUGACGAUAUAAAGUCUCGCGUGAAGCAGCGUCUGAAGAGGGAAUCCGAUGACUUUUUGGGUCAGAGCAUUAUCGAGGUCCGAACCCUCAGCGGAGAAAUGGAUGUCUGGUACAACCUUGAAAAACGCACAGACAAGUCAGCAGUAUCAGGGGCCAUCAGACUGCAGAUAAGUGUGGAAAUUAAAGGAGAAGAGAAAGUGGCCCCUUAUCAUGUUCAGUACACCUGUUUGCACGAGAACUUUUUCCACUUUGUGACAGACAUUGAAGGGCAAGGUGUGGUGAAGUUGCCCACGGCACGAGGAGAUGAUGCCUGGAAGGUCUACUUUGAUGAGGUUGCUCAGGAUAUUGUAGAUGAAUUUGCCAUGCGCUACGGAAUAGAAUCCAUCUAUCAGGCCAUGACGCAUUUUGCGUGUCUUUCCUAUAAGUACAUGCUGUCUGGUGUUCCUGCGGUAAUGAGCACGCUCCUGGCCAACAUCAACGCAUUCUACGCUCAUCCCACCUCGGUCACCAAUGUCUCCGCCUGUGACCGCUUCACCGCCUCCAACUUUGGGAAAGAUCGCUCCGUUAGACUGCUGGAUCAGCUCCAUAACUCUCUCCGAAUUGACCUGUCAACAUACAGAAAUAAUUUCCCAGCCAGCAGUAAACCACGUCUAGCAGAUCUCAAAUCCACAGUGGAUUUGCUGACCAGCAUUACAUUCUUCAGACUGAAGGUUCUGGAACUGCAGUCUCCCCCGCGUGCCGCCCAUGUGGUCAGAGACUGUGUGAAAGCAUGCCUCAACUCCACGUAUGAGUACAUCUUUAACAACUGCCAAGAGCUGUACAACAGACAGUUCCAGCCGGCCGCUGAGCCUAAACCACCAGAAAAGAAAGAGGGAGAAGAGGGUGAAGAAGAGGAAGACAAGAAGGAUGAGAAGGAGGAGGAAAAUGUUGCCGUGGAGGAACCAGGACCAAGCAUACAGAAUUUGGACUUCUGGCCCAAACUCAUCACCUUAAUAGUUUCCAUCAUAGAGGAGGACAGGAACUCUUACAGCUCGAUCAUAAAUCAGUUUCCCCAGGAGCUGAAUGUGGGGAAGGUCAGUGCUGAGGUCAUGUGGACGCUCUUCGCUCAGGACAUGAAGUAUGCUCUGGAAGAGCAUGAGAAGCUGAGGUUGUGUAAAAGUGCGGACUACAUGAAUCUGCAUUUCAAAGUCAAAUGGCUCUACAACGAAUACGUCCAUGACCUGCCUGCCUUCUCCGACACUGUCCCAGAGUACCCAUCGUGGUUUCUGCCAUUUGUUCUCCAGUGGCUGGCUGAGAAUGAGGAAGUGUCGAUGGAGUUUAUGCAUGGAGCCCUUGAGAGGGAUAAAAGAGAGGGGUUCCAGCAGACAUCUGAGCAUGCUUUAUUCUCCUGUUCGGUCGUGGACAUCUUCACUCAGCUCAACCAAAGCUUUGAAAUCAUUAAGAAACUAGACUGUCCUGAUCCUGCAGUGGUUGCCCAGUACAAUCGACGAUUUGCCAAGACUAUCACCAAAGUGCUCCUGCAGUAUUGUGCCAUUCUGUCCAAGAGUUUCCCCUCGUACUGUGAGAAAGAGAAGACGCCCUGUGUGUUGAUGAACAACGUUCAGCAGAUGCGUGUGAUGUUGGAGAAGAUGUUUGAGUCUAUGGGAGCCAAACAGGCUGUUAAGAAAGAAAAGGGGGAAAAGAAGGACAAAGAGAAGGAGGAUGAGAACACGACCACAGAGGUGGGUGAUGGAGCCGAGCUUGAUUCAGAGGCUGCAGAUAUCCUCAAUGACCUACAAGGGAAGCUUAAUUCUGUUCUGGAUAACCUGAGUGGCGUGUUUGCCAAAAGUUUCCAGGCCCGUAUGAAUAUAUGCGUGCGUCAGAUGGCGGAGAUCCUGUAUCAGAUUAAAGGACCUCUGAAUCAGAACACUCGUAACACGGCGGAGGCUGACGCGGACAACGCGCUCCGGCCGCUUAUGGAGUUCCUCGACACACACCUCAGCAUCUUUGCGGACAUAUGCGACAAGACCGUGUUGAAGCGGGUGCUGAAGGACCUCUGGAGGAACGUUCUGAUAUGCAUGGAGAAAACCAUUGUGUUGCCUCAGAGCAGCGACAGUAUAGGAGCUCAGCUUCUUACUGCUGCUAAGGAACUGUCUAAACUAAAGGGAGGGGUGGAGCCAAAGAGCUUGUCACCAAGGCAGUGUGUGAUCAUGGAGGCAGCGCUGGAUUCAAUCAAGCUCUUCUUCCAUGCCGGUGGGAACGGUUUAAAGAAAGUGUACCUGGAGAAGAGCCCCGAGCUCUCUUCUCUGCGUUAUGCUCUCUCUCUAUAUACGCAGACCACAGAUGCUCUUAUCAAGGCGUUUGUGACAACACAACAUGCUCAGGUUCAAAAUGGUAUGGGCAUCAGGAUCACCCCCAAGGAGAGCGUUCGACCCGACAGAGGCUCUGGGAUUGAGCGGCCGAUCGGAGAAGCGGUGAUUCAGCUGGAUUUGUCGCCCCCAGCUGGAAACACUGAGCAGAAGCUCGGCGUCCGAGUGAUUGCCGUAAAUGACAUGAAAUGGCAGACCUCAGGGAUGUUUCGUCCAUUUGUGGAUGUGAACCUGGUCGGCCCACAGCUCGCAGAGAAAAAACGAAAAUUCACAACCAAAUCGAAAAACAACAGCUGGACUGCGAAGUACAACGAGGCCUUUCAAUUCGUGUUGGGUAAAGGCGCGAGUCUGGACUGCUAUGAGAUUCAGGUAACGGUGAAGGAUUAUUGUUUCGGUCGAGCGGAUCGGGUGGUCGGGAUCGCGGUGAUGCAGCUGCGAGACGUAGCAGACCGGAAAAGCUGCGUGUGCUGGUGUCCCUUGGGUCCUCGCAUCAACAUUGAUGAAACCGGGACCACUGCGCUACGGAUCCUCUCCCAGCGCUCAACUGACGAGGUCGCCAAGGAGUUCGUCAAACUAAAGUCUGAGACCAGACCUGCCGAAGAAGGGAGGUGAAGAUGAAACUCAAGGUUGACCUCAUUGGGAUUAAAGGGACCGAGUAAGACACAAGAGACUUUAAAAAUACAAGACAAAUGAAAACACUGACAGGCAAACAAAGUUCACAAACCAGGACCUACACUGUUUAUAAAGUUGUGUAUGUUUAUUCAGAGCCUUAAGAGUCACUUAACUGGCUUUGUAUCACUCUACAUGAUGGGCAACGACUGACAAAAAUGAGUGCUAGCAUUGAGAACAGCACGGGGAGAUAUCAGGGACGUUUUUUAGCCACGAAAAGUCAUGGGAAUGUUUAAAAAAAAGGCAAUUGAUUAUUUAAUGAUAAAUCUCAGCAUUUUUGUUUUACAAAAAGUAUCUUGUUAAACAACUUGAAAAUCCGUGGAAAAUUGUAAAAAAAGAAUUUUUAGAAUUUGGAAUUUGCGAGAGCAGUCUCUGCAUUUUUGUUUUGUGAAAAUUAUCUAGUUAAAAGACUGGAAAAGUUGAAAAAUCUUAAGCCAACACAAAACUAUUUUGUUGGCUAGAAAUUUAUUUUUAAUCUGCCUUUUUUAACAACUUUUAAACGACUGGAAAAAGUCAAAACUAAAAUAAUUUGUUGGCUAGAAAUUUGCAACAGUGUUUACAAAAUGAUCUAGUUUAUCAGACGAGUUUUGGUAAAGGUGUGUGGCAGCCCUGUCAGAAGAGAAAAGCAGAACGCUAUCCGUUUUACUGAGCACUUCGGUUUUUUCAAGCGCAUUUGUGAUGAAAGGUAUAAAUGACGUUACAAAAAAAAAGUAAGAUGCGAGAGUUUUGCCAAACUUGAGUCUAUGGGCUCGUUCCACACGUUCUUCGUGGCCUUCUGAAUGGGAGGAGUCUUACAGCAGGGGGAGUGGUCUAACAAAAUUAAUUGGCAGCCUAUUGUUUGAUUGACACGUACAGAUAUGCACACUUUUUCUCUUGGUCUCGUUCACUGAUGCGUUCCUAAAAUCGUAUCUGUCGUACGUUCGGUUACAUUCAUCACCUUUGUCUAACUUGAAAGACAUUUCUAAUAAUCCGACCGCUCCAAAUGCUCCAAAGAUGAUGGUUAUCCCCCCUAGUGUCUUUAUGGAUGUCUCCAAACCAAUAAAUACGCAAGUAUAUAAAAAACAAAUAUAGACCAACCAGUAGUGCCAGCCAAUGAGAAGGGAUGUACUGUAAACUUUGUUUACCUUGUGCCAAGUAGUUUGUAUGCUCUCUUAUUUGAGGUGUAAUGGAGUUAUGUUGUUUUUUUUUGUAAUAUAUGCACAACCAAACAGAUAUAAACAAUCUGUAAAGUAGAUUACCACUAUGUGCAUGUAUUUAUUGUAAAUUCCAGCUUUUUGGUCAUAUGUUUAUUUAUGUUUCGUCGAUACGUGGAAAGCUAUUUAUGUAUGGGAGAGAUCACAGAUGGAAUCGUUAUUAUGAAUUUGUUUAUAAAUGAUUUAUGAAUUAA